AUGAACCUGCUCCCUGCUAAGCAGUGCCUGGAGGAGAUGGUGCUGCUGACAGAGCAGAACCUACCUCAGGUGAAGGUUCAGGAAUCAUACACCAUCCUGCAAGAGCUGGGCAGUGGUGCCUAUGGGCAUGUCCUGCUGGCCAUGCACCAGCAGCAAGGUACCCCUAUGGCACUGAAAUUCAUUGGGAAGCAGGACACAGAGUUGCGGGGCUUUCUGAGUGAGUACUGCAUCUCGCUAAGCCUCUCGGCCCACCCCUGCAUCGUGGGUGCCUUGGGCAUCGCCUUUCAGACUGACCACCACUACGUCUUUGCUCAGGAGAUAGCCCUUUCCAAGGACCUGCUCUCCAUCCUUCAUCCCCAGGGUGGAUAUGGAGACUACCCCUUCUAUAGGGGCCUGGCCUCAGUCUGGUUGGGUGUGGGGGUACUCCAUGGAUGUGGAAGUGGGACUUGGGGCCUCUUCAUUAUGGACAGUGUGGGGUGGGGUGUUUCUGCGGUGCCUGGAUCUAGCCUUCUCACCCAGGUGGGGAUCCCUGAGGUGCAGGUGAAGCGCUGUGCCCUGCAGAUCUCCAGUGCCCUGGAGUUCAUGGGAAACAAGGGGCUGGUGCACCGCGACAUUAAGCCUGAGAAUGUGCUGCUCUUUGACCCUGAGUGUCGGCGUGUCAAGCUGACUGACUUUGGGCUGAGUUGUCCCCGGGGCACUGCCAUCGAAGCCCUGCCAGAGAAUCUGCCCUACACAGCACCUGAGCUGUGCUGCUUGAGCUCUACAGACCACCUGCCUGCCCAGCCCAGUUUGGAUGCCUGGGCAUUGGGUGUGCUGCUCUUCUGCACACUCACUGGCUACUUUCCCUGGCACACAGCCACUGACCAGCACCACCGGAAAUUUGAGAAAUGGCACCGCAGCCCCCGUAUCCACCCUUGCCCACCGCGCUGGGAGCGUUUCACACCUGAGGCCUUGGAGAUGUUGCGGGGGCUGUUGACACCUGACUCUGCACAGCGCAGCCCACCCACCACCAUCAUGAGCUGCAUCAAGCACCCUUGGCUGAAGCCUAAGGAGCAGGGGGCUGUGGGUGGGGGCAGGAUCCAUGUUCCUGGAAGGCCAGUGGGCAGCAGAAUCCUACUGGGAAGGAGCUGGCGAUGCUAAGUCCUGCCCCUGUGGGUAUCAAGGCACCAGGCCUGGGUUGAAGAGAUGCAGGGACCAAGGACUCAGGGGAUGCACUGUUUGGCUGGGACCAUUGCCAGGUGCUGGGGCUACAGUGGAGGGGCGGGGGUCAGAGCCAUACUGUGGCACAGGGAAUAAAGCCAUGAUCCUGAGAUCUCCUUUCUCUGCAUUAGGGACCACAACUCUUGGAAAGUUAGGGGCUGAGAUCACCCUGCCCUCACACUGCCCAGCUCAACACCACAGGCCCAUCCAGCCCCACCUCCCUUCCCCCUAUCAGUUUAGUGGAGGUCUUCUGUGGUCCCUGAAUUGAUACAGCUGCUCUUGUGCCCUGCUGCUGCAGAUUUUCUAAGGCUUCUCCCCAGCGUGUACACAUGCUACUGAGGGAAAUUGUGCAGAGUGCAUACUGACAAGUAGGCAGUGUGGGAGGGGGCAGACCCCCAGUAAGGGGGUGUGUAGAGGUGGGGAAGGCACUGUGCUUUGUGCCCUGGCCUUGCCUGUGUCUGACACCAGGUGUCAAGGCCUUGAGACAUGAACCUUUGGGUGCAGCUGUAACCAGAAACUCUUAAUGAGUG